GCGAAGGCCGCGUGAUUCGCUUCAGCCGCAGUCAUGAAUUUGAGUUUCGGAGUUUCAUAUUCAGAAGUGCGCGCAAGGUCACCAAUAUUCCAUCCAAUUUGCAGUUCAAGUAUUUGAAGGAGCUCUUGGAAAAAGCCACCGGUCCAAUUGUGGAUGGGCACAUUGACGAGGCCUUUACAGCGUGGUUGGCCUUUCAGAACGCUGAGGAUGCCGAAUCCUUGUACAAUGAUUUCAAUGGUGGCGAGAUUAGCGGGGAAUCCAUUGAGGUAGAGCUCUUGUCAGAUUCUGAACCGCUUGGCAAGAUGUAAAGACUUGCAACAAAAUGUAAAGCGAGAAUAAAGAAUUGUAGAGAUGUAAAGCGUUGCGAUGGAAGCGUUGGAAAA